CCGGAAAAGUUUGACCUUGGGGUAUCAGACAAGAGAAUCAGAAGUUAUCUCAAUCGCCUGAUCGCAGAAGCACCACCAGAAAAGAAGCAAAGAGCAUACAAGGAUAGUGCAAGAGUGCUGAAUGCCAUCUACCAUAUCGGACCAGACAGUAUCAAGUACCUCAGAAACGGCGAAUGGUCGGUCGAAGGUAUGACUACAACCGUCAGGACUCACCAAAUCAUCACCGCGGGUUGGAUGAUCGAAAGAGAGGCUAGCACAGAAGGCCCAAAAGGCGGCAUUCUGGGUGACAAGAUGGGACUCGGCAAGACCGUCUGCGCCUUAGUGAGCAUGGUUCAUGCGAGAAAGUCGCUCUCCUCUGAAGAGCCAAAGACUAAUCUCGUAGUUGUGCCCACAGGGCUGCGAAAUCAAUGGAUGGUUGAGUCAGAUAAGCACACAGUUGAUUCGAAUUCAGACAGAACCCCGGGUCUCGGUCAAAUCCAUGCCUACAAUCCUAAGACUAGUCUUGAAGCUGAGAUGCGACAAUUUCGAAAGGCUGAUGUGGUUUUUGUCACAUAUCCAGAACUCUGCAGCGCUUUCAAGAAUGUCAAAUAUCCAGCGGGUCUGUCUGAAGAAGAAAAGGAGGAGCACUUCGACAAGGUUAUUCGGCCAGAGCUCCCGGCAAUCUUUCAAUUCAAGUUUCGCGCUAUCUAUCUCGACGAAGGACAUCAGAUUCGUAAUGGUGACACAGGAGCCGCAAUGGCAUGCCAGAAGCUUAUGGGCAGAUUCCAUUGGGUUCUUACCGGCACACCUAUGACCAACGAUCCGACAGACCUGUACUCUGUUUUCAAAUUCAUCCGCCACCCCAAGAUCUGCAAACUCACAUACAAGGAGUUCAAAAUUCUUUACAGAGGCAGCGGUUCGAGCCGCUCGAAAUCGAUGAAUGAACGAACAGGGUUCAACUUCGAAUGGGUCUCGACGCUCGUAUUUGAAUCCACGAGAUCUUGGACAUACGAAAGCGAGUUGUUCGGUCAAUUGUUGACUGAUAUACCAGAACCGAUACUUAUUGAUCAGUGCAAAGAUCUGUCGGUACCAGAAAAAAUCAUAUACUCGACCGUACGUGAACGCCUGAAGCAACUUGCGGUGGAUAGGUCGCGUAAUCCUAACGCUACCAAGGCGCGCAAAUUUGUCGAUGGACUACUCAUGCCUUUGAGACAGAUGGCGGGUCAUGUGCUUCUGAUCUACCCUGGCAUCUUCAGAAAGCUGACAGACGAUGAUGUGAACAUUAUUGACAAAACGAUCUCCGAAUACGCCGACAAAACCGGAGAUCCAGACGCAUUUGACUACAUUAUAGCUGUGCGUGAGCUUCAGCAGGGCAACGCCUGUGUGGCAUGCGGGCUCCGAGCUGAAAAUCUCCAAUGGGCACCAUGCGACCAUGCCUACUGCCAGGAUUGUCUCCGAGACCAAGGACACUCCGCAGAGGAAGAUAAUACGCCGUGUGAGCUUUGUGGGCAACCUAUCUAUCCAUUAGUCGACGAAGACGAACAUGAGAAGAACAAGAAGUCAAGAUGGUUGAACAAGAGCGGCAAAGUCAUCUACUCGACCAAGUCUGCUACAGUCGUUGACUUGCUCAAAGCUUGGCGACAUUCCACAGCCGAAGAUCCCAGUGCCAAAGUUGUCGUUUUUACCACCUUCAAGGAUGCUCACAAGCUUUUAGCAGAUACUUUCAAGGAAGAGAAGUGGAAGUUCAGUAUACUGAGAGCAGACAUGAAAGAGGACGAGAGAUCGAAAAGUAUAAAGCAGUUCAACGAGGAUCCCAACACCUUCAUCAUGUUGGCUACGAAUGGUGUUGGAGCGACUGGUCUAAAUCUUACGGCUGCAAGGGGCAGGAUCGUCCGUAUUGGCCAAAAAAAGACGGCGACAAUAGUUUCUCUGACAGCCACGGGAACAGUUGAUGAGCACCUCAAAGGCAUCAGAUGCCGAAAAACCACAGUCAUUAGAAGAGUCGAGAAAGCAUCUGCUAGGNNGAAGACCAUCGAGGCUCUCCUCAAGAUGUUCGACGAGAUGAAGAAAGAGAGCGCUUUCGUGAGAUCGGAAUGGGAAGGGGUUGAGAUUGAUGAUACUGGACAU